AUGAAACAGCUAGAGGCAGAAGUAGUGGAACGUAAUGCAUGGAGAGUGGCCCAGAAUUUUGUGUCAAGAAUCGAUGGCGAGCCUGGACCAGCUGAUGACUGUAUGAAGGCAUUUGUUACUAAUCGUAAAGAGCAGCAGUUCUUUUUCAGUACCGAAUAUAUUCAGCAAUACAAUGCUGCAAUGUCAGAGGCGAGAAAAGUAAAAGUCCCAGGACACAACUAUUUCAAAAAAUUAGAUGACUUCAUAGAAUCGUGUAUGAUUACUGGAGAAAUAUUUCACGAGUACUGUGAAAAUGAGUCAGUGGAUCCCACCCCUCGUCCAGUUCCAGACAUCAACAAACUUCCAAAGUAUCACUGUCUGCCUAAUGCAGAAACACCCAUCACAAAUACAGACGACAGUAAGAGAAGAGAAGUUGAUGAUUAUCACGCAAGAGCACGUAUGAAAUCAAUAUCGAGGAUCUUUUGCAACAGAUAUAUUGUUGAAGAAAGUCUUGUGAAAAAAUACCUAGAACAUUUAAAUCAUUUAGAGAUGAUGAGUGAUAAGAGAAAAAUGGAAAAGAAAAAAAACAAUUUGAAAGAGAACACAAUGUCUUAUUAGGAAUUUGACUAGAUGGAAAUGCUGAACACGUGCAAAACAGCAUGUAUGUGCUCUGGACGAAUACAUCCAUAAACAUAAUUUGCUUGUAGUGAAAGGUAAUUAAAAACAAGCCCCAGAAAGUCAAUGCUAUUAUGGAUCACGUACGGUCAUUG